AUGGCCAUCAGUAAAAGGCAGCAUCGCUUUCGAGUGGUGAUUGUCGGUGGAUCAUUCGCUGGUUUGACGCUGGCACACAGCCUACACCAUGCCGGAAAUGACUAUGUCGUGCUUGAAGCGCGCGAUCGCAUCGAUCCCCAAGUCGGAGCAUCCAUUGGAAUCUUCUCCAAUGGUGCUCGCAUCCUCGAUCAGCUGGGCAUUUAUGAUGAAAUCGAACGAUACACGGAACGACCGGUAUGGCAUGAAAUGAUCACAGGGGAAGGGAAGCUGGUCCAGAAGGUGGACUCACUCCAAUUGAUCGAGGCUCGGUUACCCUAUCCAGUGUCUUUUCUCGAGCGACAGCGCGUACUAAAGAUUCUGUACGAUCGCUUUCCGGACAAGACGAAGAUUCACACGAACAAAAGGGUGGCUUCGGUUGAUCAUCUACCCAACGAAGUUCGAGUGCACUGGGAAGAUGGUUAUCGAUUUGCGGGCGAAAUAGUCGCCGGUGCAGACGGUGUUCAUAGCAAGAUCCGACGUGAGAUGUGGCUGCAAGCUGAGUGCGACCCCAGUCUAAAGCAUCUGGCGGCGGAUAGAAAAACUUUGUCCGCGGAAUACAGAUGCCUUUUCGGCAUGUCAUCCCCUGUACCAGGGCUGGAGUCGCAAUGUCAGUACCGCGCGUUCAACAAGGGUUGGUCAUUCCUGGUCGUUGUCGUCGACCAGGAGGAGUUCGUGAAACCUUUUAUGAAGCGAUAUGUCUCGCAAACCGUGACUUUCGAUGCGACUGACGGUCGUUUUGUCUGCCUGGGAGAUGCUAUCCACAAGAUGACCCCAAACAUCGGCCAAGGAGGAAACUGGGCGAUAGAGAGCGCUGCCACUCUAGCAAACGAGCUCUAUGUCUUUAAGAAAACUGGUCACCUGAGCUAUGAGCGUCUCCAAGCCACUCUGAGAAACUACGAGCAAAGUCGAUGA